UGCUGCGUCCCUCCUGCUGCUGCCCGUCGUUACAGUUUCAGUGGAGGCCGACCAAACUUUUUAGCCCACAACCCAAGGUCGCAAUCUUCUCCCCAGAUUCAUCGAAAAGUAUCGUCUCUAACCCUGCCUAUUCAUCCAUCUCUCUUUCAAUCUUGCAGAUUUAUUUUCUUUUCCUGUUCGUUGAAUAAUCAGUUGCUGGAGUUUUUAGUUCAUGUGGUUAUGUUAAUUCUUGAAUUCGGUUAUUUCUUGAUGUGGGUUUUGUUUAUAUCGUUGUUUCUGAUUGGAUAUCCGGAUUGAGCUUCGAAUCUGUCAAUUAGGAGCUAGGCUCAUGUGGUUUUUCGUUUUCCGUUUCUUUUCUCUAAGGAUUCGUUGCGUUUGGGGGUUCUGAAAUUAAGGGAUUAAGAACUUGCAAGUAGACUUUUCUUCUGGCAAAAUUUGAUUGAAUUUUGCUUGGCUACUGAAAUUAGAUAGGGGGAAUUGAGGGUUUUUCCAAGUUAGUUCAAGAUUUGAAGGUGACUGAAGAUAAAAAUGGGGCGCGGAUAUGUAGUUACGAACUAAACAAUGUAUGAGUUCGUAUUUAUUGAUGUUUUUCACAGUUUUAAAAUCCAUUUGUGUCUUUGCUUUGUUGCCACACCUGCUGUGGAAUUGACUUGGGAAAUUUUGUUUUUGGUGUUUCAUGAUAGCAAGUCCUGUGGGUUUUAAGUGAAAAUGCAUUCACAUAGAUGGCGCCAGAAUCUUCCUAGUAUAGUUACUUUCUUUUUUGCUGAUAGUGUUAUUCUUCCGGUCAGUUCCCAAAUGCUUAAAGGGCCCUUCCACAAACGUGUCAAAAGAGGUUUUCAAUCUGCUCAGCUAAAAUCCAUGUCUUGAAGACAGGUUGAUUGCCCGUUGGGGCUCAUGGUUGCAUGGGAAGAACUCUAAAAAUGUUUCCUGGAGCUUCUUUUCAACACUCCUUGACUCAUCUUUUUUUUUUUUUACAAAAACUUUUGGAACUAUAUAAAGGGAGACUCAGGUUUCUAGUUUGCAAUGGCUGACGGUGGGGAAAAUGAUAAGAAUAUUGAAAUCUGGAAAGUUAAGAAGUUAAUCAAAGCCCUGGAAUCUGCUAGAGGAAAUGGCACGAGCAUGAUAUCCCUUAUCAUUCCCCCUGGUGAUCAAAUAUCUAGAGUUAAUAAGAUGUUGGCUGAAGAAUAUGGAACGGCAUCAAAUAUCAAGAGUAGGGUGAACCGUCAGUCUGUCCUAGCUGCAAUCACUUCUGCUCAGCAGAAGCUUAAACUUUACAAUAAGGUUCCUCCUAAUGGAUUAGUUUUGUAUACUGGAACUGUAGUUACUGAAGACGGGAAGGAAAAGAAGGUUACAUUUGCAUUUGAACCUUUCAAACCUAUAAAUGCUUCUCUCUACCUUUGUGAUAACAAGUUUCAUACGGAACCACUAAGUGAAUUGCUAGAAUCUGAUGAAAAAUUUGGUUUCAUUGUCAUGGAUGGAAAUGGAACUCUCUUUGGUACCUUGAGUGGGAAUACCAGAGAAGUACUUCAUAAGUUCACUGUGGACCUUCCAAAGAAACAUGGAAGAGGAGGACAAUCAGCUCUUCGUUUUGCUCGUCUUCGAAUGGAGAAGCGCCACAAUUAUGUGAGAAAAACCGCUGAGCUUGCAACACAAUUCUUCAUCAACCCUGCUACUAGUCAGCCAAAUGUUUCUGGAUUGAUACUUGCUGGAUCCGCUGAUUUCAAGACAGAGUUGAGCCAAUCUGAUAUGUUUGAUCCUCGUCUUGGUACCAAGAUCCUUAAUGUAGUAGAUGUAUCCUAUGGAGGGGAAAAUGGUUUUAAUCAGGCGAUUGAACUCUCUGCCGAAAUUUUGGCUAAUGUGAAAUUCAUACAAGAGAAGAAAUUGAUAGGAAAGUUUUUUGAGGAAAUCAGUCAGGACACUGGAAAGUAUGUGUUUGGUGUUGAUGACACUCUCAAAGCUUUGGAGAUGGGAGCUGUGGAAACCCUUAUUGUUUGGGAAAAUUUGGACAUCAAUCGUUUUGUGCUGAAAAACAGUUCAACGAAUGAGAUUAUCAUAAAACAUUUGAACAAGGAGCAAGAGGCUGACCAGAGCAACUUUAGGGACGCAGCUACAGCGAGUGAGUUGGAGGUUCAGGACAAAAUGCCAUUGUUGGAGUGGUUUGCUAAUGAGUACAAGCAGUUUGGUUGUGUGCUUGAGUUUGUUACGAACAAAUCCCAAGAAGGAUCUCAAUUCUGCAGAGGAUUUGGUGGCAUUGGUGGAAUCCUUCGAUACCAGGUUGAUAUGCGGUCCUUUGAUGAGCCAUCUGAUGAGGGAGAGCCCUUUGAAGAUUCAGAUUAA